AACUGGGAAUGAUUCACCCUUGAAGAGUACUUGCUGAUGGUGUAAGGAUCUGAAGGCCAUCAUGGGGAAGAGAGACUAGCUAUACAUACACACACACAGAGGUUUGAAGCUGGCUAACCCUUUGAGGUAAUCUAGCCUAGAUCUUUAUUUUUAUGGAAGAGAAGACUUGAGGCCCAAAGAGUUGAAGUUGUUUGCCUCUGGUCACAUAUGUAGUACAUGAGAGGGGCACAAUUUGAGCCAAGGACCUCUGUUUUCAAAUCCGAAGCGCUUUCCAUAAGAACACACUGCUUUUAUGUUUGCAUAAACAUAUGCAGAUAGGUAGUCCCUAGUGGAUAGAGUACUUGACCUAGUCAAGAAAGACAAGUUCAAAUCCACCCUCUGCCUCAUACUAGGUGUGUGGACCCUUAGCUGGUCUGCCUGUUUCCUCCUCUGUAAAAUGAGAAUCACCCCUCACCUGCCUCCCAGGGUUGUUGUGAGGAUCAAAGGAGAGCCCAUUAAAGUGCUUUGCAAAGCUCUGAGCACUAUAUAAAUAUUUUACUCAUAUUCUGAGGCCCCAGGGCUAGGCACUGCCCUAGAUGUCUGGGGCUGCUUGGGAAAGUGGCGUCUCCCUUUGGGGUGCAGUCAAGAGAGCUGUUGGGACAGGUGCUCUCUGAUGUGGCUUCCAAUGGGAAUAGUCCAGGCUUCAAGGACCCCAGGGUCUCACUGGUCCACGUGAACAAGACGCUGGAGGUAAUCCUGCAUAGACUCCUACAAGCAGCAAAAGAGUUCAUCUGGGCGUGGACCUCACCAACUCCAGUUAAAGGGGAGCGCGCUUUCGUCUCCUCCAAUCAGGAGCCGGCAAGGUCGAGAGGUGUGUCCUCUGUGAAACCAAUUAGAAUUUCACUCCUUUGGGGCAUGUCCAAUAGUCAGCCGAUAAUACCUGGGGGGCGUGGCAAAGGCCAGGUCGCCCGGACGACGUGAUGGGCGUGGCUCGCGUGGAGCCAAUCCCCAUCGUGCCGCCGGAGGCGGGAGGGGGUGGGUCUCUAUGUUUCCCAGUUGGGGCCUCCCAUUGGUCUUGAUUGCGACUCUCUCUGCGUUCAUUGGGCGGGUUAUUUCCGGAGAGGCGUGGCGUGCAGGAUACACCUCAGCUUUCCGGGCCUCUGCAGGUCCCGGACCAUGAGGAAAAGCAAUGGCGGGAGUCACGGAGGCGGUGGGGGGCGACCCCGCCGUCGGAGUGUGGAGCGGGGUCUGUCUGAGCCGCUUCAAACCCGGCCACUACUCCAGCGCCGCCUGCUCCGGCCGCCGCUGCCACUGCUGCUGCUGGCACUGGCCCUGGGCACCGGGCUCUACGUGGCCUGUGGGUCGUGGGGAGGGACAGGAGCAGUGGGAGGAGGAGUCGGAGAGCGAAGAGCAGGGGCCAAGAGAAGGAGCAGCCCGGACCUGCAGGCUCAGGCCCCCCCUGGCCGAAGCCUCCCUGAAGCCCACCUUCGGACGCUGCUAGGACAGCUGGACCCCCAGCGCCUCUGGGGCAAGUACCUCCAGCCCCUACUGGUUGAAAGGACACCAGGCAGUCCUGGGAACUCGAAGGUCCGGCAGUUCCUGGAGGAUGAACUCCGGGCUCUAGACGCUGGCUGGCAGGUGAAGGUGGAUGCCUUCUCGGCCCCGACACCGCUAGGGCCCGUGGCCUUCGCCAGCGUGGUGGCCACGCUGUCCCCAGAAGCCCCCCGACGCCUGACCCUGGCCUGCCACUUCGACUCCAAGCUCUUCCCUCCAGGUGGGCCCCCUUUCCUGGGUGCCACAGACUCGGCUGUUCCCUGCGCUCUGCUUCUCGAGCUCGCCCGCGCCCUGGACCCUCAGCUACGCCGCUCCAAGGACCGGGGGGCUCCUGUGACCCUUCAGCUCCUUUUCCUGGAUGGGGAGGAGGCUUUGAAGGAGUGGGGGCCGGAAGACUCUCUUUAUGGGGCUCGGCACUUGGCCCAGCGCAUGGAGCAGACACCCCACGGCCCGGGCCUCUCAGAGCUUCAGGCGAUUGAAAUGUUUGUCCUCCUGGACCUGCUGGGAGCCCCGAACCCCGUCAUCAGGAGUCACUUCCCCAACACGGCCUCCUGGUUCCAGCGGCUCAGCUCCAUAGAGAAGCGGCUCCACCGGCUGGGGCUCCUGGCCUCCCACCCCCGCGAGCUCAUGUACUUCCAGCAGGGGCCGCCCCUCGGGGCCGUGGACGACGACCACGUCCCCUUCCUGCGCAGAGGUGUGCCCAUCCUGCACGUCAUCCCCACGCCCUUCCCCGUGGUGUGGCACACGGCCGCUGACACGGAGGCCAACCUGCACGCGCCCACCGUCCACAACCUCAGCCGCGUCUUUGCCGUCUUCCUGGCAGAGUAUCUGGGCCUGCGCUAGGCCCCGGUGCCCGCAGGGCCCGAGCGCGCCCGCCCGCGGGGAGUGCCAGGCCUGCCGGGCGCCUGCGGACACAAGGAUCAGAAAUGAAAAGCCUCCAAGAACUCGCCUUCUCUCCAGGCUUCGCAGUGUUUGGGAGCCUCGGGGCAGGGGGGUCCCUCACAGGAGCCCCGAGUUCAAAUCCCAACCCCGCCCUUCCUCUUGGUGGGACCCCGAGGAGGCCCUCCGCCUUCUCGGCCCGAGUGUCCCCGGGGAAGAGCGAGGACGAUAACAUCCUCCCUCAGGAGCAGCCAUCGCGGCCAGCACGGGAGGGAAGGCAUGUCCGGGGCAGCCGGUGCCUCUGGGGCUCUCUGGACGCUCGGCCAGCGAGACCGUCCUCUGAUCCUCCCUGCAGGCCAGCUGCUGCUGUUGCCUUUCCAUCAGGAAACGGAGGCUCGGAGGCUUUGGACCGUGAGCGAUUCCCAGGCCCCCAGCUCCCGGCAGGAGACGCCUGUCCUAGGCACCUGUGGGGGAGUCCGGGCACCCCUGGGGACCUCAGAGCCCCGAGGUGAGGCCUGGCUGGGCUGGUGCUCCACUUCGUGCAGGUGACGUCAGGGCUGGCUCCCACGAGAGGGCCCCACAGGGAGUGCUGGCCGAGGAGACCGAGGGGGGGAGUGGACACAGUCACACAGCCCCGGUGUGGGAUUCCCCGCCGCUCCCUGGCUGGUUUCUGGGCUCAGCUUCGCCCUUUCCUGUCCAUGCCAGAAGGAGCUUCAGUCCCUGGUUCAAGAAGCGUCUGUGGCUCCUUCAGGCCCAGGGACGGCCUCCCAUCCUUCCCCGCUCAUUCCUGCUGCCCGGCCCACCUGGCCUGUUGGCUCUUCCCCGAAUGCCACCUUCCCGCUCCCAUCUCUGCCUCAGGGAAUCCCGGCUUCCUCCCGUGUGGCUCGUGGGGUCCCACCCUUCUGUGGCCUCCGGAGGUGCCUCUCGUUUGGGCCUCAAAAGAGCCCUGUGAGAGUGGUGCUUUGGGGCUGCUCCUUUUGCAGAUGGAGAAACUAAGGCUCAGGGAGAUAAAACAAGUGUCUGCUGUGGGAUCGGCCCCUCGGCUGCCCCUCUGUCUCUCCUCAAUACCUCUCUGACUGCACACGGUAGACUGUAAGCUCCAGGCGGGCAAGAUUUCCCGGCUUUGUAAUCCCGCCCUGAGCGCUGGCCUGGAGGCCCUAAUAAAUGACCUGGGGUUGGCUUGGCAGUGCCGAGGGGUCACCGAAGCCGCCUGGGCCUGGCCGGGCAAACGCGGGCUUGCAGACUU